AUGCGUCAUGCUUUGGAUUUAUUGCUGGAAAUUAAAAUUAUUGUAGCAAGUCUCACAUAUGAUGGUUGCUCAACUAAUUUAUCAACGUCUCAAAAUUUAGGUUGUUCUUUUGAUGUUGAUAAAUUAAAUAUUAAAUUAACUUCUUGUACCAAAAAUAAUGCUAAUGCCGAGAUUGUAGUUCUAUUAGAUGAUGUACAUAUGAUUAAACUAGUGCGAAACUCGUUUUCUGAACAAAAAAUUUUCAUAGAUAAAGAUGAUAUUACCAUUGAUUUUAAUUUUAUUUUUGAACUGUUUAUAUUACAAGAGCAAGAAGGCUGCCAUUUAGCUAAUAAACUUAGAAAAAGCCACAUAUAUUAUUUUAAACAAAAAAUGAAAGUAAAGCUUACAACACAGUUACUUAGUCAGUCAGUUGCUGAUGCUCUUAGAUUUUGUAAAUAUAAUUUAAAUCUUGAAAAUUUUUCUGAUGUAGAUGCUACUAUUAAGUUUAUAGAAAUUUUUAAUAAUGCAUUAUAUACCACUUUUCAGGGUUAA